UGUGAAAAUAUUCUGGUCUUCCCAAAAGUUGUUAGUAUUUUUCGAUAGACAUAAAGAAAAUGAUGAAUUCAAACUCCCUGGUAGGCUCAGUUGGACACUGUCCAGGCUCUCCAGAGUGAAGAUAGAAUGAUAUCUUUCCAGGUUGUGUAUUAUUACCAUUUAUCUGGAUGGCACUAAAAUUGACCAGGAAAAUAUUGGUGAAUCCUUGCUUUAUUAGCUGCAAUUCAUUCCAACUCCCUGUGGGGUUGAGCUCAAAUCAUGACACAAGGGUUUUCCUAAGCAAAGGUUCUGGAGGGUUUUGCGGAUCUGAUGUACUUUGCAAGCCUCGAUUUUUUUGUCCCGUUAUGUGUCUGGAAAGGUUAAGUUGGGAAGGUUCAACUCAUGCAGUUUUGUUGACAAAGAUUGAAAAUUCUUUGAAGGAACUCAAACUGGAUGAAGCGUGGGAAACUUUCAAUGAUUUUAAAAGGUUGUAUGGUUUUCCCAACCAUUUGCUUGUUAGUAGGUUCAUCACUCAACUGUCCUACUCGUCCAGCCCUCAUUGGCUACAAAAAGCUUGUGAUUUGGUUAUGAUAGUUUCGAAAGAGAAAUCAUAUCAUCUUCAGCCUGACAUCUUGGCUAAGCUAAUUCUCUCUUUAGCAAGAGCCCAGAUGCCUAUUCCAUCGUCAACGAUCCUUAGAUUGAUGCUGGAAAAGGAGAUACUACCCCCAAUGAAUGUAUUGUGGUUGGUGUUUCAGCAUAUGGUGAAGACAGAGGUUGGGACAUGUGUAGCAUCCAAUCUCUUGGUCCAGAUUUGUGAUUAUUACAUAAGAUUUUGUUCAGAGAAAAGUCAUUACGCAAACUUUCUGAAACCUGAUACAAUGAUCUUUAAUCUUGUGCUUGAUGCGUGUGUUAGAUUUGCUUCAUCUCUCAAAGGUCAACAAAUUAUAGAAUUGAUGUCAAAAACCGGGGUUGUUGCUGAUGCCCACUCAAUCAAUAUUAUUGCUCAAAUCCAUGAAAUGAAUGGCCAUAGGGAUGAGUUGAAAAAAUUUAAAGAUCAUAUUGCUCCUUUACCAGUGCCUUUGGUUUCUCAUUAUCAGCAGUUUUAUGAGUGUUUGUUAAGCUUGCAUUUUAAGUUUGAUGACAUCGAUGCUGCUGCUGAGCUUGUGCUGGAAAUGAAUAGAUCUCGAGAGUCUCAUCCUAUUGGAGAACUUAGGAAGGAUUACCAGAAGCCUCGUUUUGUUCCGAUUGGAACUCAGAAUCUCAGAAUUGGACUGAAGAUACAAAUUGUGCCUGAGCUGCUGCAAAAGGAUUCUGCCCUCAUAGCAGAAGGUAAAUCAGAUCUUAUUAUGUAUAGGGAUAAAAAACUUUGUCCUAGUAAUAGGGCUCUUGCCAAGCUCAUCAAUGGAUACAAGAAGCAUGGAAAGAUCAAUGAACUGUCAAAGUUUUUACUUAGCUUAAAAAGGGAGUUAUGUUCAUCAGGUGGAUCAAGUUUGUUUUCUGACGUGAUUGACGCAUGCAUUACAUUAGGCUGGCUGGAGAUUGCUCAUGACAUUUUGGAAGACAUGGAAUCUUCUGGGGAUCCUUUGGGCUUGAGUACAUAUAUGGCACUCCUGACGGCUUAUUAUAAAAGAAAUAUGUCAAGGGAGGGAAAUAUUCUGCUAAAACAAAUGAGGACGGUUGGUUUGGUGUUAAAUUUGUCUGACGAGAUUGUUAUUUCCAAAAAUGCGCCAGAAAAUGUAGGUAGAAGUUCUCUUUGCAUAAACGAAUCAUCUUCUAUUUGUCAACCAAGUCUGAUGGAGUCUCUUGUUCGAGAAAUAAGUGAGGCAGAGAAGGCAAUAUCUCCUAUACUUUAUGAAUUGAACUCUUCUAUUUACUUCUUUUCUAAGGCUAAAAUGAUGGGGGAUGCGCUGAAGAUAUACCGAAGAAUGCAAGAGAUGAAAAUCCAACCUACUGUACAUACUUUUGCUUAUUUGGUAUGUGGGUAUUCUUCUCUAAAAUUGUAUCGUGAUAUUACCAUUCUGUGGGGUGACAUUAAGAAGGCCAUGGAGAGUCGGAAUUUAUCCAUGAGUAGUGAUCUGUAUGCGCUUUUGCUAUUGAACUUUCUUCAAGGUGGAUACUUUGAAAGAGUGAUGGAGGUAAUUGGUUAUAUGAAAAAGGGUAGCAUGUAUAUUGACAAAUGGAUGUAUAAGAGUGAAUACCUAAAGAUCCAUAAGAAUCUUUAUAGGAGCUUAAAAGCAUCGCAAGCUAGAACUGAGGCUCAAGGUAAGAGGCUUGAUCAUGUUAAGGCAUUUAAGAAAUGGGCUGGCAUUGACUGAAGGUUUUCAAGUAUGUUGGGUGUUUGAGUGAAUGGAUUAUGGUGGUUCAGCCUUUUAGUGUCAAAAUUCAUCUUUGACUUUCUACAAAGUAAGAGAUGAAGACAAAUACUUGAGAACUAAAAGCACACACAAUGAGAAAUUAAGCUAUCCUGGUUAUGAAACCUUUAUAACUUUCAAAGCCUGAUGAAGAAGUUCUGUUUCAUUCAUAUGCUGGAAUCCACUAAGUCCUGCUGCACUCUCUUCUCUGAUAGCUACCAUGUUGUUCAAGAUGAUGGAUUUACCUUAAAACUUGUGUCUCAUUGGCAACCAAAGUUGCAGUCUUUCCUCUCUCGAGCCAGAUUUGAUGUGGUCUGUUUUCCCAGGAGAUGAAGUGCUGAUUAUCUUGCCACUGGGGGCAUUACCAGAAUUUCAACAGCCUCGCCCUGAUGUCAAGACAAUGGCACAUAUGAACAACUUUCUCUGAUUGUUCCAAUUAUUUCUACGUCUGACUCAGAUGGCCAGCUCUAUUCCUAAAUGCAAGUUGUUCCAGAAGGCAGCUAGAGAUAAAGCUUUAUGUUAUGUUUUUGUUUUUCUGUAAAAAAAACUCCUGAGAAGUACAACUCUUCAUACUUCUUAUUGCUGGCAAGAAUCCUCGGCUCUCUUUUGGGAAGUCUCUAUGUGCCAGUUGUGGGUGACAAGACUCCUAGAUUGUCAAACUUAUUUUCUGUGAAUAUACUUGUUGCGAUAUGCUAUUGCUUUACAAAACCAAUCUGCUCUUGUGAAAAUUUCAUGCUUGAGUGGCCAAUGGAAAAUUCAACAUGGAGAAAAUUGCAGAGUAUAUUCAUAUU